UCUAGUUUGUUUGUUGUUUCCAAUUACACAUUCUCAGGAACUCGUUUUUCGUUUAGCUACUUUUUGAGAUUUACAUUAUAGUAUUAUUAUCUCUAAAGUUAUAGUAUUACUUUCGUUGCUAAAAAGGAACAUUAUAAACACAUCGGAGAUGAUUGGAAGGAGCUGUACCUUUAUAUUUUUGUUUUAGAAAUAAAUCUGUAAUUUUUUUUGCUGUGGCUGUAGAUAAUUUUGCUGUAGAAUAUUAGCUGUAGGUUUAAAAAGAUUCAAAGACUUACAUAUAAAUUUUCUAAAGCAAAACAAUAAGUGCUCUAGAUUUAUGGUUUUCCAUAACUAAAAAUAUAUAAAAAGAAAAGAAAAAUCUGUAACUUUAAAAAAUCUUUAGAAAACAUGUUUGACAAAAUUUUGAACUGUAGAAAUAAUUUAGGCUGUAGAGAGAUCUUACGGCACUUCUAAAGCAAUUGCCAAUCAACCCCAUUAUCUCUAGAGCCGCAGGCUUUUGUGUUGACAAUAAAGAAUAGGAAUUUUCUCAAAAAAAAGAAAACACAUAGAGAAUAGGAAACUAUCGAUAACUUAAAUAUAGAAACUUUAUUUAUCCAUGUUUCGUAUUAUUUUUUAGAUUUCCAAUUUCUAGUAUAUCGUCAUCUAUCUUAUAUAUAUGUAUGUUACGGUUAUAGCAUCUUACCUCUUUGUUGACCAGGUUCCAGGACAAUGGCACUGAAUCUACCAUAUCAUUUGGAAGAGGAAAUUCUCGCCAGAGUUCCAUGGAAAUAUCUUGCAACGUUGAGAUGUGUAUGUAAGCUUUGGAAUAGUCUUAUUUUGGAGGAGAAUUUCAACAAGAAGAACUUGUCGUUUCACAUGCACAGCUAUAGCGGUGAACAUCGGUUUAUACUCACAGACCGUGGUCCUAAGAUUUCUGCCGUGGGCAUUGAGGAGCAGCAAAACAACGUGGACGAUCCUCCGUCUUUGAUCGUCCAAGACUUCACCCUUACAAAAGCCCGACCAUGCGUGGCAAUUAUGUUGUACAGGGCUGUUCAUUGCGAUGGUCUGUUGUUGUGUGUCAUGGAAAACCAGCUUCUAGUUUGGAACCCCUUACUGAAGGAAACGACUUGGAUCAAAUGCGGUAGUGACUUUCACCAACGUGAUGAUGCCUACAGCCUUGGAUACCUCAGCCAUUGUGAUUUCAGGAUCUUAAGGUUUCGGUGUGCUAGUAAUUCGAGAAAUAGACCUUCAAGGGUCGAGGUCUGUGAAGUUGCAUCUAAGACAUGGAAGGUUAUAGAUAUGAUCAGUUUUGAUUGGUUCCUUAGUGAGCCAUUGUCGAUCCUGUCUCUGAGAGGAACUCCUUAUUGUAUUGGUCUUCGAGAAGACCAUACAGCUUUCGUACAAAGCUAUGACUUUUACAAAGAGAGUUUUCAGCCCAUAGAUGACCUGCCAUUCAGCUAUGAUGAGAUGAAUCCCAUUGCACUAGAGAUUUAUAAAGGAGAUAGGCUUUCAGUGUUGGAGCAAUGUCACAAAACAAGGAAGAUAUGCAUAUGGGUGAAGCAUUGGCUCAUGCUUACUUCUUGGACCAAAUUAUUGGUCGUGGACAUACCAGAGUUUCCGCUGUUAUAUCCACGUCCCACCCUCCUUUCUACGAAUUAUUAUUUUGACAAAAACGAUAGACUCGUCAUAACUUGUAAACACAUUGGCAUGAAGGGACUGUCUAUUAUCAGAGUCGUCAACGACAAGGAUUUCCAAGUAAUUACAGCUAAUGUAUCGGAAAUUCGUUUCCCUUUUUUAUGCAGCUACGUUCCAAGCUUGGUUAGGCUUUCAGGGUUUUGGAAGCAAGACAACAGUCGGAUUCGUUGGAGAAAACGUAGAUUCAGCUAGUUUGUGUUUAAGUAUGGGUUUUCUGCAAAAAAAACUUCAAUGCGAUUUUUUUUUUGCAAAUUAAUCCGCGAACUCAAAAACCCACGGGUCAACCCUCCAAGUGCCAGUCAAACCGCAA